AUGGUGAGAGAACCUUCUAUCGCUCUAAAAACUAUUAUGCCUUUUUCGGAGAAUAGGGUAAAACAAAGAAGUUCAGAUUUAGAGGACGAAGCUCCUUUAAUUCAAAAUCGUUACGACGAUUGGGCAGAGGAAACAUCAUCUCCAGUAUCUCCGAGGAGGCGUCGUAAUGUAGGAACCUCAACAUCUACGACUAAUAUUUCAUCAUCUAGAUCUCCACAAGCCAAAGCACGUACAAUUUCAUUUCAUGCAUCAGGUUAUAUUGUCACGUAUUUUGGUCCAUUAUGUUUUGUGCUUCUUGUAACAAUUGGUAAAGAAGCGUAUGAUGAUUGGAAAAGGUUUAAGCGAGAUCAAGAAAAUAAUUCUCAAAAAUAUGAAAUAAUGACUCGAAAUGGGAUUAAACUAGUACCCAGUUCAAAAAUAAGAGUCGGGGACUUAAUUCUAAUUAAUAAGGAUCAAAGAGUUCCUGCAGAUUUAAUAUUGCUCCGGACAACCGAAACAAGUGGUGCUUGUUUUAUUAGGACUGAUCAGUUAGAUGGUGAAACUGAUUGGAAACUAAGGUUGGCUGUGCCAUAUUGUCAAAAGUUACCAUCAAAUGAAAGUCUUCUACAUAUUGAUGCGGAAAUUUAUGCUGAUAUUCCACAUAAAAACAUUCAUAAUUUCAUUGGAAAUUUUUCUAAAUCAACCCCAGAAAAUUUGACACCGCAUAUUGAUGCCCUUAAUGUUGAAAAUACAUUAUGGAUGAAUACAGUAUUGGCAUCAGGUACUGCUAUUGGAUUUGUGAUUUACACUGGUAAAGAGACUCGAGCUGUUAUGAAUACAAGUCAUCCAGAGACGAAAGUUGGAUUACUUGAUCAUGAAAUUAAUCGGCUUUCUAAGAUUCUGUUCGUAGUUACUUUAUUAUUGUCAUUGUUGCUUAUUGCUUUGAAUGGAUUUCGAGGACUCUGGUAUAUUUAUUUAUUCCGAUUCUUAAUUCUCUUUUCUUCCAUUAUUCCAAUAGGUUUACGUGUCAAUUUAGACAUGGGUAAAACUGUUUAUGCGUAUCAAAUCAUGAAUGAUGAUGAAAUUCCUGAUACGAUUGUACGUACCAGUACAAUACCUGAGGAACUUGGUAGAAUAGAAUAUCUUUUGUCAGAUAAGACUGGAACAUUAACUAAAAAUGAGGCACAUAUACCGAGAGCGACUCGAACUGCUGUCCCUACUUCUACUAUUAUAGUUGGAAGGAGUCGCAGAGACAUGACUUCGAGAAUAAAAGAUAUUGUACUUGCUUUGGCAUUAUGUCAUAAUGUCACUCCUGUAAUUGAUUCUGAUAAUGUGAUCACAUAUCAAGCAUCUUCACCAGAUGAAGUUGCUAUCGUGAAAUGGACAGAGUAUGUUGGUCUUACUCUUGUUUUCCGCGAUAUCAAUGAAAUGCAUCUUCGUACAAAACAUGGUGAUGUCCUCAAGUUUCAAAUUCUGCAAAUAUUCCCAUUCACUAGUGAAAGUAAGAGAAUGGGAAUUAUUGUAAAAGAUGAAACGACAGAAGAAAUAUUUUUUUAUGAGAAAGGAGCAGAUGUUGUAAUGAGUAAAAUUGUACAAUACAAUGAUUGGUUGGAUGAAGAAUGUGGAAACAUGGCCAGAGAAGGUUUAAGAACUUUGGUCGUUGCACGUAAAAAAAUAUCAGCAGAUGUAUAUAAUGAUUUCACACAUAGAUAUCACGAAGCAAAGGUGAGCCUUUCAGAUCGUAAAGUUCAAGAGCAGGCUGUUAUAAAUGCAAUUCUGGAAAACGAGCUAGAACUUUUGGGAGUAACUGGAGUUGAAGAUAAGCUUCAGGAUGGUGUAAAGACCACUUUAGAAUUAUUGAGAAACGCAGGUCUAAAAAUUUGGAUGUUGACGGGAGACAAGAUUGAAACGGCAACAUGUAUCGCUAUUUCUUCAAAAUUAAUCUCUUCAAGGAAUCAAAUUAUUCAUCAAAUAUCUAAACUCCAAAGUAUUGAAGCAGCUUUGGAUGAAUUAGCUAGUUUACAAGCCAGAAGAGAUUGCUGUUUAGUAAUUGAUGGUGAAUCACUACAGCUUUAUAUGGAUCAUUGUCAAUUUGAAUUUAUUGAACUGGCCGUAGAAUUGCCGGUCGUUGUUGCCUGUAGAUGUUCUCCUACUCAAAAGGCUGAUAUAACAAGACUCAUUAAGAAAUAUACAAAUAAAAGAAUUUGCUGCAUAGGAGAUGGCGGUAAUGACGUUAGUAUGAUUCAAGCAGCUGAUGUUGGCGUGGGAAUUGUAGGAAAGGAAGGCAAACAGGCUUCCUUGGCUGCAGAUUUCUCAGUGAUUCAGUUCAGCUAUUUAACAAAACUUUUAUUAUGGCAUGGUAGAAAUAGUUAUAAACGUUCUGCAAAAUUAGCACAAUUCGUUAUUCAUCGUGGUCUGAUAAUAUCAGUUAUACAAGCAGUAUUUUCUUCAAUAUUUUAUUUUGCUCCUAUUGCUCUUUAUCAGGGGAUGUUGAUCGUUGGAUAUUCUACAGUUUAUACAAUGGCACCGGUAUUUUCGCUCGUUUUAGAUAAAGAUGUGAGCGAGGAUAUAGCUUUACAAUUUCCAGAACUAUACAAGGAAUUGACAAAGGGUCGAUCGUUAUCUUUGAAGACUUUCUUUCAGUGGCUAAUGAUUAGUGUUUAUCAAGGUGGCGCAAUUAUGAUUAUGUCAAUUGUACUCUUUGAGGAUGAAUUUAUAAAUAUCGUUUCCAUUUCUUUUACUGCUUUAAUUCUUAAUGAAUUGUUGAUGGUUGCUUUUGAGAUCAAUACAUGGCAUAGGUUAAUGUUUUUAUCAGAAAUUCUUACAUUAGCUAUUUACAUUGUUUCCAUGAUAUUUUUACCUACUUAUUUUGAUUUACUAUUUAUUUUGACUGAAACAUUUGUUUGGAAAGUUGCUGUAAUAACAGCAGUUAGUAGCAUUCCGUUAUAUAUUAUUAAAUUUUUAAGAAGAAGAUAUGCACCACCUAGUUACUCUAAACUUACAUAA